AUGGCUACCAUCAACAUUCGUCGGGAUGUCACCGAUCCCUUCUACCGCUACAAGAUGGAAAAGAUCCAGUCCAAGAUCGAGGGCAAAGGCAAUGGCAUCAAGACCGUUGUCGUUAACCUGAACUCGGUGGCCCAGUCCCUGAGCCGUCCCCCGGAAUACGUCAUCAAGUAUUUCGGGUUCGAACUCGGUGCUCAGGCCAAUGCCAAGCCGACCGACGAUCGCUGGAUCAUCAACGGUGCCCACGACGCCCAGAAGCUGCAAGACUACCUUGAUGGAUUCAUUGCCAAGUUUGUUCUCUGCAAGAAAUGCAAGAAUCCCGAAACCGAUGUCGUCAUCAAGGACAAUCGCAUCCUCCUGGAUUGCAAGGCUUGUGGCCAGCGUUCCGAGGUCGAUCCUCGCCUCAAGCUCAGCACCUUCAUCUUGAGGCAGACAUCCGCCAAGGGAGGCAAGAAGGACAAGUCCAGCAAGAAGAGCCGUCGCGAGAAGAACAAGGAGAAGAGCGAGGAGAAUGGAGACAAGAACGGCAGCCCGGGAGACAGCAACGUUUCCGACAAUGGCGAAGGUGACAAUGGUGAAGUUGAAGUGGAUGCCCACAGUGAUGAUGAACUCACCCGCCGCAUUAAUGCCGAUGCCAAGGGCAUCAGCACUCAGGACGAUGAUGUCGAAGAGGAGAAAUGGGCCGUCGACACCUCGGAGGAGGCUGUCAAAGCUCGUGCCAAGGAACUUCCCAACGACCUCAAGCGGUCCCUCGUCUUCGAUGAUGGUGACGAGGAUGGCGAGGGUGAGAGCGGUCCCAGCCUCUACGACCAGCUGGGAAGCUGGAUCAUCAGCACAGCCGCGGAAACCGAGGGUGGUGUUGCCAAUGUCCGCGACGUCGACAUCUACAUGAAAGCCAAGGAACUCGGUAUCGAGAACAAGCACAAGACCUUGACUGUGCUGGCCCAGACCAUCUUCGAUGAGAAGAUCGUCAAGCAGAUCCCUAGCCGUGCUGCCAUGCUGAAGAAGAUGAUUACUUCGGAGCGCCAUGAGAAAGCUUUCCUCGGUGGUACCGAGCGUUUCGUCGGCAAGGACCAUCCCGAGCUCAUUCCUCAGGUUCCAGCUAUCCUUCUUGGGUACUACCAGCAUGAUCUGGUGUCCGAAGAGGUGCUCAAGAAUUGGGGUACCAAGGCCAGCAAGAAGUACGUCGACCUCGCCACUAGCAAGACGGUUCGCAAGGCCGCCGAGAAGUUCCUCGAGUGGCUCGAGAACGCCGAGAGUGACAGCGAGGAGGAAGAAGAAGAGUAG